GUAGCGGCUCCGGGCCCGGCCGCCCUCGCUGACUGACGAGGAGGACGGCGGCGGCGGCCCCCGCCUCCCGCGCUCCUCCUGCCGCUGCUGCGUGUGUGCGGCGGGGCUACAAAGGAGAGGGGGAGCGCGGGGUGCCGGCGCGAGGGCGGUGUGUGCGCGCGGGGGAGGGACGCGUCUUGCGAGGAGAAAGCGCAAGGUCAAGAGGCAGCUCUCCUCCUCCAUGGAAGAAGAGCGAUGAGCCCCGAGGAGGACGAAGAAGAGAAGGGGCGGAUGGCUGUGGGCUGCCGGGCUUCCCCUCGGGAGUGAGGAGCCGGCGGUGGGGUCGGGAGGAGGGAGCGGAGGAAGGCCGGAGGGAAGCGGCGGGUUUGAAUCUCGCCGGCUGGAUUAUUUCUCCUCUCGGGAAGCUCCCGGCUCUCGGCCCAUGGCCCCCGCGGGCAGCGCGGAGCCGGGCAGCGCCCUGAGCAAAGCUGGGGCCGCCCCUCCGCCCCUGGGCGCCUGGAGACCUUUCCCCUCCGCCUGCUGCUGCUGCUUCUCCGCUCUGCUGGACGUCAACAGCUGGCUGUUCUUCUACGGAUUCCUCUACCUGGCCCUCUAUGCCCAGGUGUCCCAGUCCAAGUCCUGCGACAAGAUCUCCUGCUUCUCGGGGCACUGUGUCAACUCUACCUGCGUCUGCGACCAGGGCUGGGUGGGAGAUCAGUGCCAGCACUGCCAGGGCAGGUUCAAGUUAACAGAACCUUCAGGAUAUUUAACAGAUGGACCAAUAAAUUAUAAAUAUAAAACAAAAUGUACCUGGUUAAUUGAAGGAUACCCUAAUGCAAUACUAAGAUUAAGAUUUAAUCACUUUGCUACAGAAUGUAGUUGGGACCAUAUGUAUGUAUAUGAUGGAGAUUCAAUAUAUGCACCUUUAAUAGCAGUAUUUAGUGGUUUAAUAGUUCCUGAAGUACGUGGAAAUGAAACUGUACCUGAAGUAGUUACAACAUCUGGCUAUGCAUUGCUACACUUCUUUAGUGAUGCAGCUUAUAACCUAACUGGAUUUAACAUUUUUUACUCAAUUAACUCUUGUCCUAAUAACUGUUCAGAACAUGGAAAGUGUACAACCAGUUUGUCUGUUCCAAGCCGGGUAUACUGUGAAUGUGACAAGUAUUGGAAAGGAGAAGCCUGUGAUAUCCCAUACUGUAAAGCCAACUGUGGCAGUCCAGACCAUGGGUACUGUGAUUUGACAGGCGAGAAGCUGUGUGUAUGCAAUGACAGCUGGCAAGGCCCAGAUUGUUCUUUGAACGUCCCUUCCACGGAGUCCUACUGGAUCUUACCAAACGUGAAGCCAUUCAGCCCUUCUGUGGGCCGGGCUUCCCAUAAGGCAGUUCUUCAUGGAAAAUUUAUGUGGGUGAUUGGUGGAUAUACUUUUAACUACAGCUCAUUCCAAAUGGUGUUGAACUACAAUUUGGAAAGCAGUAUAUGGAAUGUGGUGCCUGUAUCCAAAGGGCCGCUCCAGAGAUAUGGACACACACUUGCAUUAUAUCAGGAAGACAUCUACAUGUAUGGAGGCAAAAUUGAAACAAAUAAUGGCAAUGUUACUGAUGAGCUGUGGAUUUUCAACAUCCACAGUCAAACGUGGAGUAUCAGAACGCCUGCUGUGCUUGUACAUGGCCAGCAGUAUGCUGUGGAAGGUCAUUCAGCACACAUCGUGGAGCUGGACAGCAGAGAUGUGGUUAUGAUUAUCAUUUUUGGAUAUUCUGCCAUAUACGGUUACACGAGCAUUGUGCAAGAGUACUACAUCAGGUCAAAUUCUUGGCUUGUACCAGAAACAAAAGGAGCAAUUGUACAAGGUGGAUAUGGCCAUACUAGUGUCUAUGAUGAACUGACAAAAUCUGUUUAUGUCCAUGGUGGAUACAAAGCAUUGCCUGGCAAUAAAUAUGGAUUGGUGGAUGAUCUUUACAAAUAUGAAGUUAAUACUAGAACAUGGACUAUUCUGAAAGAGAGUGGUUUUGCAAGGUAUCUACAUUCAGCUGUCUUAAUCAAUGGAGCUAUGCUCAUUUUUGGUGGAAAUACUCAUAAUGAUACUUCCCUCAGUAAUGGAGCAAAGUGCUUUUCUGCUGACUUUCUUGCAUAUGACAUAGCUUGUGAUGAGUGGAAGAUUUUACCGAAACCUAAUCUGCACCGAGAUGUCAACAGAUUUGGUCACACUGCUGUUGUCAGUAAUGGGUCAAUGUACAUAUUUGGGGGAUUUUCAAGUGUUCUUUUGAAUGACAUCCUUGUGUACAAACCUCCAAACUGUGAAGCAUUCAGAGAUGAAGAGCUGUGUAAGAAUGCUCGUCCAGGGAUAAGGUGUCUGUGGAACAAGAAACAUUGUGAAUCCUGGGAAUCUGGAAAUGCUAACAACAUCCUUCGAGCAAAAUGUCCAAAGAAAACAGCCGCUGCAGAUGACAGAUGUUACCGAUAUGCAGACUGUGCGAGCUGUACUGCCAAUACGAACGGGUGCCAAUGGUGCGAUGACAAAAAGUGCAUUUCAGCAAACAGUAACUGUAGUGUGUCUGUUAAAAACUACACCAAAUGUCACGUGAGAAAUGAACAGAUCUGCAAUAAGCUGACCAGCUGCAAGAGCUGCUCUCUGCACCUGAACUGCCAGUGGGACCAGCGGCAGCAGGAAUGCCAGGCUUUACCUGCUCACCUGUGUGGGGAAGGAUGGAGUCACAUUGGAGAUGCCUGCCUCCGCAUAAAUUCUAGUCGUGAAAGCUAUGACAAUGCCAAACUGUACUGCUACAAUUUAAGUGGGAAUCUUGCUUCAUUAACAACCUCAAAAGAAGUGGAAUUUGUUCUGGAUGAAAUACAGAAGUACACACUUCAGAAAAUUUCACCUUGGGUAGGUUUACGCAAGAUCAACAUCUCCUACUGGGGAUGGGAUGACAUGUCUCCUUUUACAAACACAACUCUGCAAUGGCUUCCCGGAGAGCCAAAUGACUCUGGCUUCUGUGCGUAUCUAGAAAGAGCGGAGGUGGCAGGUCUGAAGGCAAAUCCAUGCACUGCAAUGGCAGAUGGUCUUGUCUGUGAAAAACCUGUCGUUAGUCCCAACCAGAAUGCAAGACCCUGCAAAAAGCCAUGCUCCCUGAGAACAACAUGUUCCAAUUGUACAAGUAAUGGUAUGGAAUGUAUGUGGUGCAGCAGUACAAAGCGAUGUGUUGAUUCAAAUGCCUAUAUAAUUUCCUUCCCGUAUGGACAGUGUCUAGAAUGGCAAACUGCAACAUGCUCCCCUCAAAACUGCUCUGGACUGAGGACCUGUGGACAGUGUUUGGAACAGCCUGGCUGUGGGUGGUGCAAUGAUCCCAGCAACACUGGAAAAGGUCAAUGUUUGGAAGGAUCAUCGAGAGGUCCAAUGAAACCUGUUGGCAUGCAUUCUACUGAAAUGGUGCUUGAUGCCACUCUUUGUCCCAAAGAAAAAAGCUAUGAAUGGUCUUUUAUCCAGUGUCCAGCUUGCCAGUGUAAUGGCCACAGCACCUGUAUCAACAGUAAUGUUUGUGAUCAGUGUAAAAACUUAACAACAGGAAAACAAUGUGAAACAUGCAUGCCAGGAUAUUAUGGAGAUCCCACAAAUGGAGGACAGUGUACUGCUUGCACGUGCAGUGGACAUGCAAAUAUUUGUCACAUGCAAACGGGAAAAUGUUUCUGUACAACUAAAGGCAUCAAAGGAGACCAGUGUCAACUCUGUGACUCUGAAAAUAGGUAUCUUGGAAAUCCGCUUAGGGGAACAUGUUACUACAGCCUUUUGAUUGAUUACCAAUUUACCUUCAGCUUGUUACAAGAAGAUGAUCGUCAUCACACCGCCAUAAACUUUAUAGCAAAUCCAGAACAGUCAAAUAAAAAUUUGGAUAUAUCAAUUAAUGCAUCAAACAACUUCAACCUCAACAUUACAUGGUCUAUUGGUUCAACUGCUGGAACAAUAUCUGGAGAAGAGAUUCCUGUUGUUUCUAAGGCAAAUAUUAAGGAAUACAGAGAUAGCUUUUCUUGUGAAAAAUUCAACUUUCGGAGCAACCCAAACAUCACAUUCUACGUCUAUGUCAGUAAUUUUUCCUGGCCAAUCAAAAUACAGAUUGCCUUCUCACAGCACAAUACUAUCAUGGAUCUGGUGCAGUUCUUUGUCACCUUCUUCAGUUGUUUCUUAUCCUUACUGCUGGUAGCUGCCGUCGUUUGGAAAAUCAAACAAACCUGUUGGGCUUCUCGACGGAGAGAGCAACUUAUGCGAGAGCGACAGCAGAUGGCCAGCCGCCCCUUUGCUUCUGUCGAUGUAGCACUGGAAGUAGGAGCUGAGCAAACAGACUUUCUACGAGGGCCAUUAGAGGGUGCUCCCAAACCAAUUGCCAUCGAGCCGUGUUCAGGAAACAAAGCUGCUGUCCUCACAGUAUUUUUAUGCCUGCCAAGAGGAUCAUCGGGAGUCCCACCCCCGGGUCAGUCAGGUCUUGCAAUCGCAAGUGCACUGAUAGACAUUUCACAACAGAAGCCUGCGGAGUGUAAAGAUAAGAGUUCAGGAGUCAGAAAUAGAAAACAUCAUCUUUCAACACGUCAAGGAACUUGUGUCUGAAAUUCAAAAACUGCAAUUGUAUAUUCUGUAAUGUUUUCUUUUUAAAUGGCUUCCAUUGAAAGCUAUACUACAGCCUCAGUUUUUAUGGAGGCAAAACUAUGAAUGAAUAUAUGAGGUACUCUGUUAUAGUCACACAGCCUACUAUACCCCAAAGCAGAACAAAUCUAUGGUAGGUAUAUCUGAUGAGCUUUAAUAAAAAUAAUUGAAAUUAUUAUGUCAACAAAACAUUAAAUAAAAUACCUAGCAUUCCUAAUCCUGAACAUAUCAGAGCAGAGAAAAUCCUGGAACAGAACUAGGAAAAACUGUACAUUGUUUUGUAAUGUAGAGGGAAAUUGUAUAAUUGAAAUUUAAACAAAUUCCAUGAAACUAAAGGACAUUUUUGUAUAGCUUUAUGUAACAAUGAGAAUUGUACAGUUCUUUCCUUGUAAUCGGCAUUAAGAUGUCUUUCCAGUAAGCAGGAACUACGGAGGAACAUUUGGAUUUAGGUGUUCUUUUAUCAUUGCCCAAAGCAGGUAAGCAGCAGAGCUCACAUGGGACUUCCACGACAGCUAACUCAUUAGAAAAAUUGGUUGAGCAUGGGGAAGUUUCUUCUUCAGUCAAGUUUGGCAUUUUUUCCAAGAGUCUCCAAGUUUAGCUUGCUUUUACUCUACAGUAAUGUAGAGGCCUCAUUUCAAUAUUGAAAUUAUCUAGUGUCUAUGAAUUGUCCUCACCUCCAAACAGAAGAAAUGAAUCCCAGGCAGCACUUGACCUUUGUUUAAUAGACCAGUAUGGUUUUCUGAUAGUUUUGUUCUCCCAGCUGCAGAAUUUCAUCUCAGCCUCUUUCAAAGCCUGUACGCCAAAAUUAAAAUAAAUAAUUAUUUAGAAAUCCAAGUUGCUUCCAGCAGUGGUUCUGAAAUUCAGCAUCCAGGAUGGAUCCUCACAUAAUCAGUACUCAGAAAGAGAAAGAAAGAUGAAGGAUUUUCCUUUUUGCCUGUUGUGGGCUCGGUCACCACAAUAGAUAACCUAACAAACAGUUUUAAUGGCCCUUGGUCUUUUAAUUUACUAAAAUUCAUGAACAUAAAAAAGUAAGCGAAUGCUAGGGGGUAGGUAGCAGACGUGUCAUGUUCUCAUUUCUGCACUUCACGUUGACAGCAGUAUAAAAUGAAACUAGUAGUUUUGUAUGAGCUUGUUGAAAGUGUAGUUUCUCAGCUCCAAAUUUGCCACCAUACUAGUACAGAAGAGCGAUACAGAGGUAUAAAUUCUUCAUGUAAUGAUAGACUUUUGGUAAAUAUGAAAGAUAUAAAAAGAUAAUUGAUGUUUACUACUAUAUCUGUAUUUUUCAUGUUCUUUUUAUUUCAGGAAAAUGAAGACAUUUUACUGUUUAUAGUUGACUACAUAGUUACUUGCAUGCCAUGGUGGUGCAGUAGCAGUAAUAAAGCCCUGUUGUGGUUUGUGUUUAUUUUGUAAUGCCAUUCAUAUCUUGAAGUACUCAGCUUAAUUUGGGUGAGGACUAAAUGUAAAAAUAACUAUAAAAAGGAACGAUUGUACAGUGUGUAGUUAUAUCUUAUACAGCAAUAUUAGGUUGCAUCUAACCAUGACUGCUCUAUUGUUUUGAUAAAUUAUGCACUUAUGAAUUAUGGUAUAAUUAUUUCUUAUGCUGGCAUGAUUGCUUCAGUACUUUCAUAUGUUAAGAUUAUUAUCCUAAAAUAAUGCCAUCACAAUCUUGUGACUUUUAUUGCCUAUUCUGCCCUCAGUCUCUUGUAUCUUAAAAUUUAAAAAACUCCUUCUUAAAGCUGCUAUUGGGAACUUUCAAUCAAUACUACUAUUAAUAUUGUGGGGGAAAAAACGGUCCUUUGUAAACAACCCUUUCUGUCAGUUUUCAAGUUGAUCUUUUCAAAUGAAUGCAAGACAGUGGAACUGGUUUAUAUACGACGUAUACACUUAUGAAAAGGAAAGAACCACUUGUCUGGAAUAUUUUCCAAGCUCUCUAUUAUCCUCAACCUAAACAUUUGACAUAAGAAUUAUACAGUGUGUGUUUUGUGAAUGUACUGGAAACCACAGAAAGAUCAUUUCUUCUUGUAGAGCGGUUUUGACUGUACUCACAAAGGAUUACAUUCCUCUGUAUCUCAACCAGAGUUUGACAAUUGAAAAGGAGAUAUGAAUUUUAAAGGGAUUAAAAUAUUUUAUUGCAACAUUGAA